ACAGUGUAGGAGCGAGCUAACGAGCUAAACAACACGUUACUAUAGUUCCAGCUUCUUUCAGAUCAGCGGACCCUUCUUGGAUUAGGAAGGCCUACGGUAGUUUCGCUGCUGCUGUACGGGGGAGUGUGGGGUGGCUAUACGCUGGGCGGUGCGAUAGACCUUUUGGAAGAAAGACCUGGGAAACAGACUGGUCAGCAAGGUUAUUAUAUUCACAUCUGCAUUAGACUUCGUCAAGCUCAGAAUGGCUGAAGUAACAGAUUCAUGUUUCAACAACAUACUCAUGCUGACUGAUUCUUACAAGGUCACCCAUCACAGACAGUAUCCCGAUGGCACCACCCUCGUUUCCUCCUACUUUGAAAGUCGUGGAGGAAAAUUCCCAGAGGUGGUAUUUUUCGGACUCCAGUACAUCCUAAAGAGAUGGCUCUGUGGUCAGGUCAUCACGGCUGAGAAGAUUGCUGAAGCCAAAGAACUGUACAAGCUUCACUUUGGUGCAGACCACUUCAAUGAAGCAGGAUGGACCCAUAUUCUAGAGAAACAUGGUGGCUACCUGCCGUUGAGGAUAAAGGCUGUACCGGAAGGAUCCGUCAUUCCAUACAAGAAUGUCCUUUUCACUGUAGAAAAUACAGACCCUCAGGUCCCGUGGAUAACAAAUUGGUUUGAGACCUUACUGGUGCAGGUGUGGUACCCAAUGACGGUGGCAACGAACUCCAGAGCACAGAAGGAGUUGAUAGCCAAGUACCUGAGUGAAACGGCCGAUAAUCUGACAGGACUUCCUUUCAAGCUCCAUGACUUUGGAUUUCGAGGGGUGUCGUCAGUAGAGACGGCUGGCAUAGGUGAUGCAGCUCAUCUGGUUAACUUUCAAGGAACAGACACUAUACCAGGGAUUGUUGUUGCUAGGAAGUAUUACUCUUGUCAAAUGGCUGGAUUCUCAAUACCUGCUGCUGAGCAUAGCACAAUCACAACAUGGGGUAAAAAUGGAGAGCGGGAAGCCUUCAAGAACAUGCUGGACCAGUUCCCUACUGGUCUGGUGGCGGUGGUCUCGGACAGCUUUGAUGUGUAUAAUGCCUGUGAGAAGGUGUGGGGGGAGCAGCUGAGGGAACAGGUUAUCCAUAGAGGGGAGAGUGGAUCGAUACUUGUCAUUAGACCCGAUUCAGGAGAGCCUCGUGAGGUUGUCCUCAAGAUACUGAACAUUCUGAGCAAGGUGUUUGGAUGCUCCAAGAACUCUAAAGGUUACAAGAUGCUACCUCCUUACCUUCGAGUGAUCCAAGGGGAUGGUAUUAGCUACGACACCAUCGAUCAGAUUCUUAGCAAGAUGAAGGAGGAAGGGUGGAGUGCGGAUAAUCUUACGUUUGGCAGCGGGGGCGCUCUCCUUCAGAAACACAACAGGGACACCCAGAAGUGUGCCUACAAGUGCAGCUACUGUAUCAUAGAUGGUGAAUCGAGGAAUGUGUUCAAGCAGCCAAUCACUGAUCUAGGCAAGAAAUCCAAGAAAGGACAGUUGUCGCUUCAGGAAGUCGAUGGAAAAAUUGUAACGAUGGAAGAAGGAAAAGGGAACCCAAACAAAGAUCUUCUGGAGUUAGUGUAUGAGAAUGGUCAGCUCUUAAAGGACCAUACGAUGGAUGAGAUCAGGGAGAGGGCUGAAAUAGACAUUGUCAAACAAGGAUCUAAGAACAGGAUCAAGUAAGAUGGUUCUCAAUCAAGUGCUAAUAUAAACCACAGGAGGAUAGUCUAGUCUCUAGACCUUUCAUUGUCUCUGCUAUGCUCUCAUAUGGUCGCUCGUUCAGUGUAAUGGUUGCUAAAAUGAUGUAUCUACAUGUGUUCAAAAUGGCAUCUGCAAUUUAGCAUAAGAAAUGUAAAAAUGAUUCAUUGGGUAAAAUAUUCUGAUUACAUCUCCUUUUAUACAGAUUUGAUAAGUUCGCUUUAUACAUGUAUGUUAGAAUCUGUUAAUCAUUCAGGUGAAUCUUAACUAAGCUUUGUUAUCUUUUCAUAGCCUAAUCAGUGCAAAUGAAUCAUAUAUCAUCCAGGUUUGUUUUUUGUCUAUAUGCAGUAUGAACAAAAAUAAGCGUAACAUUUGUUUUGCUCAAGUAAAUCAUUUUCUGUUUAAUAUAAUAUCAGUUUUUGAAAUCUACCUACAGCCCUUUGCUGUUGACAAGUUAUAGUUAUUUCAUAAAAUGGGAAGUUGUUUAGGAUUGUACAAGAAGGUACAAGUACAGUUGAUAUGAAUUUUAGAAUAAUACACUCGUGAAUGGGAGUUGUUUUGGAUCCAAUUUCAGAGUAUUCUCAACUUGGUAUUUGUCAAAAUAUGAAUAGCAUAAACUAUUUUAUGACUGACAAAUGCACAUAAUACUGAAGAUUUGCACAUAUUUAGCUUUUGGUAAAAGUAAUCUAAAUUGAAACGCCAAGCAAAGUGUUCUUUACAUGUAUCUUGAUAUUAAUAGAAAAAAUGUUGUAAUUAUAAAAAGGCACGGUUUGUAUUAGUGGCUAGUUUAUACAAAUGAUAUCAAUGGUAUUCAGAAUUUAUGGUUGCACCUCGAUAUUGAUUCUUUUUAACUUUGAAAAUGAAGGACAAACCCACUUAAAUCAUGAAUGUUUCAUUUUCUAAUGUGCGCCAUAUUUAGGUUUGAAAAUAUAAAUAUAUUUAUAUGUGGAAAUAUAUCUAAUCAGUUUAUAUUAAAUUGAUAUGAUAGUGAUAAUAAUGAUAAUAAUGGUAAUAAUAAUAAUAAUAAUGGUAAUAAUAAUAUACAGCAUUUAUAUAACUAUUAAUACAAAUGAUUCUAAGCGCUACGUACUAUUAGCAUGAAGAGUGGCAAAUGGAGAUAAAUGCCUUGCCAAAGGAUGCGAGUGCUGUGG